AUGAACCCUCGUACCUCUGCGGUUCAACUCGGAUCUUCGAGUUCUAUUAAUCCUGUUAAUACCCGCGCAUCCGAACGACUCCAUGCUCCUCCAGUAUCUAGGAAACGUCGGUCGCCCAACGCAUUCAUCCUGUUUCGAUCAUAUUACAUUGCAAACAAGCGGGUUCCUCCAGAGAUAGUUCACCAGAAUGAUGUGUCGCGCUAUGUCGCAGAAGUAUGGAAGACGAAGUUGACCCCGUCGGAUCGUGCUGUAUUCUUCAAGAUGGCGGAGGAGGAGAAGAUCCGAUUUGAGAUUGAGGGACCUAGAGAACCUGUGAAGAAGAGGAGGAGCAGGUCGAAGAAGGCGUGCCAAACGAGCACGCUGAAGUCGACGACAGACUCUUAUCUUCCGCCGAGUCAUACUUCACCUGAUUACAAGGGAUCGGUCUCGCUUUCGGCGCCGCAGCCGACGCACGCUAUCCCUCCUAGCUUGCUCAAUUGGGGAAGUCCAGCGGAACAUUAUGCCCUAAUCCCCGAAGAACAAGCAUACGCUUCGUCCCAAUACCUUGUCCCUAGCACCGACUUUUCCGCUGCCGGUGUUGGACUCGAGAGCCAUGCCCCUCUUAUGGACCUGGGUUUCAAUGCGCUUUAUCUCGACGCCCUUUUGUCAGGCAUGGAUAUAGCAUUUGAUGAUUUCUCGUGCCCUGAAUUUUUGUCUCAUUCGUCGUUUGAAAUACCCUUUUGA